AGAAGAUGGUGGAGUUGGUGAUAGCAGCAGUUGAAGGAAAGGCUUGUUUUCUAGGUUUCCAGUUGUUAUUUGUGCUGUCAAUUUCACUGGUGUCAUAAUUGCUGUCCUGCGUGCUGAGGUAGUCCGCACGGAAUCAAGUCAAGUCCUGGUAGACAGAAUGUCUAUAGAAUAAGUGGCCCACACACCAGAACUUUCCAUGAACCAUUUGGUCAUACCAUCUGAGGUGGAGGUGAAUGAAGAGCCAGCAAAUGAAGAUAUGAAUGAAUCAGUGGAAGCUGACUUGGAGCACUCACAGGUAGAAGAGGAACAACGGUCUGUGAUCUGCUAUUCAAGGCACAGAAACAGCAACCAAGGGGUACCGUCUGGGCAGGAAGAAGAAGGGAUGCUAGCUCGAUCAGCCAGCACUGAGAGUGAUUUCCACUAUCACAUGGACAUGGUGGAAGGGGAUGUUAUAGCCACAGCAGAGGAUGGCUAUGAUGUAGAUAUAGUACAGGGGAAUGAGGAUGAGAGUACAUAUGCAAUGCAGUACAGGCCUGAGUCUGAGGAGUACACAGAAAAUGCUGAAGCAGAGCACACUGAGACUGUUCAUAAUCGAACACUGCCUGAUCAUGUACAUUUCUACUCCACUGAACAUGAGGAAGCCAUGAAUGCAGCAUACUCAGGUUAUGUCUACGCUCAUGAGCCCCUCCACCAAGGAGAGGAUGAGCGGUAUGCUGAGCCCUAUGCUGACUAUAGGCAGCAGGAGCAUGUGUAUGAGGAGAUAGGGGAUGUGCUGGACCUUGAUGUUAGGGAGGGGCUUCAGCUCUAUGAGUGGGAAAGGGAGGAAGCUGACAACUAUCGCAAGGAAGCUCUUGGUGCCCGCCUUCACCAUUAUGAUGAACGAUCUGAUGGAGAGUCGGACAGCCCUGAGAAAGAGGCAGAGUUUGCUCCAUAUCCAAGAAUGGACAGCUAUGAAAAAGAGGAAGAUAUUGAUCAGAUUGUGGCAGAGGUGAAACAGAGUAUGAGCUCUCAGAGCUUCGGCAAGGCUGCUGAAGAUAUGCUAGAGGCAGAGCAGAGCUUGGAGCAUGCUCAUGCUCUCCCUGGCAGGGGGCAUGAAAGCAAUGGUCAACUGUCACCUGGCUCUAGGGCCACAGCCAACUCAGGAGAGUCAGUACAGAGGUGCAGAAAGGAAAAAAGGGAUGCAAUAUCACUGGCCAUCAAAGAUAUUAAAGAAGCUAUUGAGGAAGUGAAGACAAGGACUGUUCGUUCUCCUUAUACCCCUGAUGAACCAAAAGAACCUAUUUGGGUGAUGAGGCAGGACAUUAGCCCAACCAGGGACUGUGCUGAUCAGAGGCCACUAGAUGGAGAUUCUCUAUCUCCUGAUUCUUCUUCACCCUGGGGUGCUGAACCAAGUAGGCAACAUCAUCAGGAUGUCUGCAGUACAGCAGAGACCUCCACUAAUAAAGAGUCCGGAAAAAGCUUGGCUUCUUUCCCAACAUAUGUUGAAGUUCCUGGACCUUGUGAUCCUGAAGACUUGAUUGAUGGAAUAAUUUUUGCUGCCAAUUACCUCGGCUCCACUCAACUCCUUUCUGACAAAACUCCCUCCAAGAAUGUGAGAAUGAUGCAGGCACAAGAGGCUGUCAGCAGAAUCAAGAUGGCCCAGAAAUUAGCCAAAGGCAGGAAGAAGGCUCCAGAAGGUGAAUCUCAACCCAUGACUGAAGUGGACCUCUUCAUUUCUACGCAGAGAAUAAAAGUAUUGAAUGCAGACACACAGGAAACUAUGAUGGAUCAUCCUCUGAGGACCAUUUCUUACAUUGCGGAUAUAGGGAAUAUAGUUGUUCUGAUGGCUCGUAGACGAAUGCCGCAAUCAAAUUCCCGGGACAAUGUGGAAGCAUCUCACCCUUCCCAAGAUGGAAAAAGGCAAUACAAAAUGAUUUGCCAUGUCUUCGAGUCUGAGGAUGCACAGCUGAUUGCACAGUCUAUAGGUCAAGCAUUUAGCGUGGCCUACCAGGAAUUUCUGAGGGCAAAUGGAAUCAAUCCAGAAGACCUAAGCCAGAAGGAAUAUAGUGACUUGCUCAAUACCCAGGACAUGUACAAUGAUGACCUGAUUCAUUUUUCCAAAUCUGAAAACUGCAAAGAUGUUUACAUUGAAAAGCAAAAGGGAGAAAUUCUAGGUGUAGUGAUUGUGGAAUCUGGCUGGGGAUCCAUUUUGCCUACAGUUAUCAUAGCCAACAUGAUGCAUGGAGGACCAGCAGAGAAGUCUGGGAAACUAAAUAUAGGGGACCAGAUCAUGUCAAUUAAUGGGACCAGUUUGGUUGGCUUACCACUCUCAACAUGCCAGAGCAUUAUAAAGGGUUUGAAAAACCAAGCCCAAGUUAAACUGAAUGUAGUUAGAUGUCCUCCGGUAACCACAGUCUUGAUCAGGAGACCUGACCUCAGAUACCAGUUAGGCUUCAGUGUACAGAAUGGGAUUAUCUGUAGCCUUAUGAGAGGAGGUAUAGCAGAGCGAGGAGGAGUGCGAGUUGGCCAUCGUAUCAUUGAAAUCAAUGGGCAGAGUGUUGUAGCAACACCUCAUGAGAAAACUGUUCACAUUCUCUCAAAUGCUGUUGGUGAGAUUCAUAUGAAGACCAUGCCAGCUGCUAUGUACAGACUGUUGACUGCACAAGAGCAACCAGUUUAUAUCUAAGGCUGACACCUCAUCUUUACAACAUGCAUGAAGGAUAGUUUUCCUCAUUACUGCUUCUGUUUCUAGUGCUGCAUUUGUGUCCACAGAUACAUUUCUCUCUCUCCCCAACAUUUGCUGUGUAUAGAGGGGGAGGGAAAAUAUAGCCAUGAGACAUUUUGGUUGCAUCUCUAUACAAGUAAAGCUUUAUGCAACUCCACACACAGAGUAAAUAGCAGCAGCAGCAGCAGUGUCCAUGGUAAGAUUCACAAAAAGAAGACUUACAUGCCUAUGAAGAAUGAGUAACUGAUGCUGUCAUAAAACCCAUUGUACAAAUGCACACCCUUUAAUUUCUGUUCUUCAGUAUAGUAGAACCCCAAAAGGUGCUCUGUAAGUUGGUACAGACAAUGCAAUUUUGAUGUGUUUCAGCAAAUAAUUCAGGAGAUGUGAUUUUUUGCAGUUGGGUCCCCCAGGUUUCUAAUUUUUAAAAAUACUUCUUUUUCAAAUGCAAUGUGUCUUUUAUAUGCCUAUUUCAGAGGUUAAAUAAGGGGGGAGGGGAGUGAUCCCUAAAUAUCCAGCAAGAGUAAUAUUGAGGGGCUCUGCUGAGAAGCUAUACUUUCUAAGCUCUUAAUUACAGAUUUGGUGCACACAACUGUGUGCUUGUGUAUACUGUCAUUUUUAAAUUGUGCUUGAUAUUUAUGAAGCUUGAAAAUAAUAGGUCUGCACACUGUUCUAAGUAAUUUUGUUACACUGAGCCAGUUUAAAAGUAUUUUUUGUUGAAAGAUGUCUAGUUUUAUUGACAUUUUUCUUUAGACAUAGAUAAAUGGGAGAAGUAAAGGUAAGGUGGGAAUACAUUUAUUUAUUUAUUAUAUAAGUUAAUUUGUGAUUUGUUUUUCCAUAUGACACUUAGAGGAUGUGUGAGUACUAUAUGGAUUUGUAUGAAGAAGAUAUGUAGAGAUGAAUGAAAUGCAGGAUUUGAUUGGUCUAUAACUUAUAUCAGGGACAAAGGGGAAAAACAGUAAAAGAAUAAAGCAGCUGAUGGCUCUUUUUCCUCAAGAAGAAAAUAUUCCAUUUUUGUGUAGCUACAUUCUGUCUGUACUGCAUACUGCUGUGUACACUGAAUUUGAACCAUAUAUUUAGACCAGGCUGAUGCCUUGAAUUUUCUGAAAGCAACAGUUUCUUCUGUGUCUUAUUGUGAUAUAAAGGCUCAGUGUGAUUAAAAACAGGACCAGAAUACAUAUGGGGGAAAAAUAAAUCCCAUCUUUUUCGCUUGAAAAAUGGUGUGAUGCUUAUAGCCAUUAGUUUCUCAAUUACUGUGGAAUGGACUGUGCAGUGCAUUGUGUUUGGAGACUAGUAAUAAUACCUGGACUUUAUUCCAGAGAUUUCAUGGAUGUGUGUGUACAUAUGCACACUUCUGUUGAUGAGAGCCAUGAAAACUCUGUUUUUAUCUGAGCACUUGGUUUCCAUCUGUGGUCAGAGGUUUAUUGAUGCCUUUCAGAAACCAUGGACAUACAUGGGCUGAACAGAGAGAGAGAGAAAAUAAGCUUUAUAUUUCAAUGGGCAGUAAGGGAGAUAAUGGAACAGAGUAUAAGCUAUUGUAGUAAGUGAAUACAUUUUAGUUUGAAAGUAGUGUACAAUGACUUGAUUUACUGCAGUUCUUGUUGUUGCAUAAUUUAAUCUCGAACUCUGGAAUAGCAGAUUUUGCAAGCAAAUGGUAUUUGCAUUCCAGGUUAGUAUUUACCUCUGCUAUCAGACUGAUGUAAAUAGAUUGUGAAUGACUUGUGAUUAUAGUUUUUAAUUGUAGACAUCUGGCUUAUGGAGAUCAUUUGAAAUUUUUCAUAACUUCUUAUAAAUAUAGUAAUCUAUCUAAAUAUGAUAUAUAACCAUAUACUAUUUAGUAGGUUAUAUACAGUGCAGCCUUUCCAUAAGUUGCCUGAGGAAACUCAACAGUCUUGAAGACAGUUAUCACACUUCUGAUUCCUGCUGUGUUUUACACCUUCAACUUCACUUGUUUUUGUGGUUCUGUCCAACUCAUGUUGAGGGGUCUUCCCAUUGACUUCAGUGGGAGAUGAAGAAAACCUAAGCACACAAAAAAUUGAAUCAUUAAAAACAAGGUGGUUUUCCUGCAAUCAAGCUUAUACCUAGUUAUAAGCACCUGAGUACCUAACACGUUGACUUCAUGGUGAACAGAUGCUUAAAGCUAAGCAUGUGAAUGUUUGUAGGAUUGGAGCCUAGUGAAGAAUCUUCAUUGUUCCAAUUAAUUGUAAUAUGUGUAUAAGAUUUCUACACUGGGAAGUUUCCAGUGUGCACUCCUGAUAAGUCUUGUAAAUAAUCCCAACAUUUUAGUUUGCAAAAGUAAAGAUAGUUGCAAGAAAAAUGAGCUCAAAAGGAAGAGUUGGCAAUUUUCUACAGUAGUGCAGUAGUUUAUUAGAUUAAAUGUGUGAAUUCUCCAUGGAUUCAAAAGAAUAAACUGCCAUUUUAUAUUCCUUCUUCUCUAAAAGGUCUGAAAAGUUUUUUCCCUCUUCACUAUUUCAUAUAUUCUUAUUAAUGCUUCAGUGUUUACAUUAAGGAGGAAACAUCCUUUUUAUUUUUAUUAGCAAGUUUCCCCACUUGUUUUGAAUCUUGUUUGAUUUGAGAUUUGGUUGGAAUUUCCAGAUUUGUUUUGUUUUGUGUGGUUUUUCCUUAAUUUUCUAAAUGAAAUCAGUUUCUGAAGAUGGCAAUGUGCAUGAGAUCUCUUGUACAUACUUUGUGCAGUACUCAGACUCUCUUGUAUUAUUGUUCUGUAAAAAGGUUGAAUAGGAAUUAUUAUAAAGUAUUGGGAAAAGUAUAGUAUUGUAUUUGUAACGAUAUUGUUCUUUGUAAACACUGAACUUGGUGAUCUCUCUCUAUAUAAAUGAGCCUAGAAUGUGAGCCUGCACAUCUGAAUGUAAUUCCUCUGAUGUUUUUUGUCACAGGUCUUUGACCCUUUCUCUGUAAUGGAGCUGCAAUGGUUUCAUUUGGGGAGGGAACGAGUUUGGGUUGAGGGGGAGUUGCCAUCUAUUUUAUUGUGAUGUAUUUACUGUGCUACAUUACUUUAUUUAGCAGAGCACUAAUGCCUAUAAGAAUUGCAACAAUAAAAAACAGAACAAAAAUACCUCAGACAAGGCUAAGAGUUUGCUGAUAAUAAUUUAG